UAGGUUGUGCUACUGACAAUUGAAUUAUCUUUAAUCUGAUAAAAUUAAUGUUAUCAUUAAUUUCUAAACAACUUUCAGUACUGUAGUGCAUGUGUCUGUGGCUUGUGGUCUGUGCCAUUAAAAUAUCAGUUAAUUUCUUGUUUCUUUGCAACUUAUUUGUGUCGUGCUGUGGUGUUCCUGACUGACAAUACGUGAAGUUGUUUUCCGUUACUUGAACAGUAGCACUGGCCCGUGGGCAUCAUGGAGGCGGUGAUCACGGCCGUGUUCGUGCUGAGCAUCGUGGUGGUGCUGCUGCUCAUGCUGUGCCGCUGCUGCUCGCGCGACAGGUCCCGCGGGCAGGUCAUCACGCCGCCCGCGCCGCCCGGCACCGUGCCCGCGCCAUACCCGCAACAGCAGUACUCCACUGUAGUGACGACGUACCCGGUGGCGCAAGCGCCGUACCCGGCGGCGCAAGCACCGUACCCGGCGGCGCAGGCCCCGUAUCCGGUGGCGCCGUACCCGGCGGCGCCGGUGGGCAUGCCGACGCCCGGCGCCGGCGCGCCGUACCCCACCGCCAUGCCCUACCCUCACCCGCAGCCGCAGCCGCAUAUCGCGCCGAGCGCGCCCGAUGCUAACGUUUUCUUUGGGAUGGCCCCGCCUGGAUGGAACACGCAAGCGCUGCCGCCAUCUUACGAGCAGGCGACGGGCGCGGAGUUCAAGCACGCCACGCCCUACAACCCGGGCUACUAGCUUCCCAUUAACUCAAGGGAUGUCGCCGGUUCCCCCACUAGUCGCCGCAUGCCUGUCUUUUUGACACAUCAUAACUGCCAUUUUAGUGCGUCACUGCUGUCAAAAUGGGGCCUCGUAGCUGUCAAUUUGAGGCCUUAGGGCCUUGGCAGUCCGUAAUCGUCUUUUUGAUGUUUCUUCUUGAUCGUCGUUUUGACGCUUCAAAGCUGUCGUCGUGAGGCGUUAAUGAUCCGCAAUUUGUUUUCAAAUAUUUUUUACAUUGGUGCUGUGAAUAUACAGACCAUUCAAUCAAUAUGAUCAACUUGACAGUUAUAUGUAUAAAACCAUCAUUCCAUAUAAGUAAUGGAAUCGAUAUUCGUCGACACGUAACGAAAGCGGCAUAGCGUCAUUCCCGGUCAGUUGUGAUGGACUUAAACAAACGGCGAGUACGGUUGAAUCGACAUGUGCUAUAUUAUACUUGAUGUAUUCUAAAUGUGAUUUAUGUAAGCUUAUGUAAAAUUUGAGAUUUAUUUUUCAUAUUUUAAGUAAUAAGUAAUGGAAACCGAAACUGUUAAGAGGAAAAUCUAUGUUUUAAAAUUUUCCCUUUCUAAUUAAUGCAGGCGUUUAAAUGAGGAAAAUAUGUUCAAGUGAUGAUUGAACUAAUACAAAUAUAAAUAACUGUAAAGGUAACUAUUCUGCGCACUCUAUUGCUCAGGGAUUUCAAGUUACCUUUUAGACUGUAUUUUUUGUAAUAGCAUUGAGCUUAGCGAGUAAGUGUAAUAGUAGGCGCACACCGUUGAUUUUUAGUUGGCCGAUAGUUGUGCCCGAUUUUAAAUUGUAUGAAGAAUCGACCAAAUCGAAUCGGCGUCGUGUGCGCACUCCCAUACAUGCCCAUACUGAUCAACUGCCCGACUAAACUAUCGGCCGACGAAAAAUCAACGGUGUGUGCCUACUCUAAGUGUAACAUGUGCGGGCGUCACGACCCCAUGUAUUACCAAAGUGUACCUGUUUCGCAUAGGUAGAUCUUUUUAAAGCAUUUUCCCCAUUAGAAAUGAUAUCUUUUAAUCAUAACGUUGAGUUUAUUUGAUAAAAAGCUUUGUUCCGAAUUUCUUAAGUACAGGGUCACAAUUUUAUUUUUCUACGUUAUUUCGGUAGACUUACUUUUGGUAUUUGUGUAGUUCAGUAAAAUACAACUAGAUCAGAACUGUUGCAACUCGAAAACGCGUAAAUAUUAAGUUAAGAACUGGUAAAUUUAACAUGUACGUACAUAUCGUUAUUAGCAAACUCAAAAGUUAUCGUAACUAAGUAAUCAGACAAAAAAUACUACUUUCUUUUGUAUUGUUUGGCAGUUCCAACCUCGGAGUCCGAUUUAAUGAGUCGCUUCUUUCUUUCGCCUGAAAUAAUGAAACGUGCCUUUUUCGUAUCGCGGUAUAAUCUUAAAUGAACUUUUAAUUUAAGAUUUUCAAAUAUGUAUUUGAGUAGUUAGGAAUAUAAAAAACGCUUUUUGCAGAUUGUGAACAUGUUUGUAAUAUUAGUGGUCCAGUUUUGAUCGAGGCGGAGUCUCACAGGCUCGCAGUAUGAUGCACCUCGGGCCAUCUGUGGUCUAGUCGAAACGUACAUGUUGUAACGUAUUUAGGACUGACAAUAAAGACGUAAAUGUAGUGAAGACAAAAUGUGACUAUUUUUUUGUUUAUUGGCUCAAAAAAUUAUCCCAUAUGGUUAUUUUUUUAAAUUAAUAAUUCAACAAAAUGGAUCUAUGAUUCGGUUAAGAUUUAACUCUUAUGGCGUUCUUAUUAUACUUGAAAUUAUGAAGUUAUAGUUCCACAGCAUUUGCUGCCCUUCUACUUACAUUUAGUUGUAUCGGUGCUUAUGAGAAAAGGCUUAUAGGUAGUUUCAAGUUCAGUUUUUUAAAUUACUUUCUAAUUAGUGUCUCCAUUUAAAACUAACAUUAUAAAUAUCUGAGAAUCAGACCCACGAACUGAGCUUAUUAUACUUCCCAAAGCUCAUUUUUAAUAAUAUUUUAUAAUUCUUAAAUGUAAGUAUACAAGAAUAAAUCUAUAUAAAUAUUUAAGAAAUUCAUUUUUCUGUUGUAGUGAAAUAAUAGUGAAAAUGUUUUAAUACUCUGGUGUCAAAAUAGAAUAAUGAUCCUCAAUAGUUAGCGACACGGUAUCCACUCAAGCGCCGCUCGCUACAGUCAGUCUGUGUCGCUGGCGCGCUACUACUUAAUCAUAGCAAAAUAAUAUAAAAAUAACUCUUCAAUGUAUACUUGUUGUUGGUGUUCUUAUGAGUUUUAUAUUGCUAGUUGACAGUUCAGUACAUAAAUGAGUAAGACUAGGCGCAGACCAUAUCGAUAGUUGUGCCCGAUUUUAAAUUGUAUGAAGAAUCGGCCAAUUUGAAUCUGCGUAAUGUGCGCACUUCCAUACAUGCCCAUACUGAUCAAUGGUCUGCGCAUAGUCUAAAUAAAUAAAAUAUACAUAAUAUUCACUAGGAUUCAAAGCCCGACAUGAUUCCGUACUAUUGCGUAUGAACCUGACAUUAUUGUGUAUGAAUCGAUAUAAACAGAAUGUAAAAACUAAAAAUGUUUCGGGCUUUUUUAUUCAGCAUUUAUAUGUUGUUACUUGUAGCGGAGUAAGUGUUAAGAGAAUGUGAUAACGUGGACGAUUCGGGUUCGUGGAGUGUAAUCAUGUAAUCACUGUUGUUGUAAUGUAC